AUGUACAACUUUUGGAAUUCACGAACACGACUGGCAUGCAUUUCAUGCUUGCUAUUACUUCUAAAGAUUAGUUUCGAUCAAUUACGUAUUUAUCUGGAGAAUUCCAAAAGUCAACAAUAUCAAACAAAAAAUGAUAACAAUGAAGAUGGAAGUGAUGAAGGAAGUUUCACUAAUGAUAUGGAUUAUGUAUUGGAAACGAUGCAGUACAUGUAUGAUCUUAAACUUGGCAAGGCUGAAAUUCGACCAGUUGUUGAACAAGAGAGAAAAGUAAGGCAGUAUUGGUGGCAAUGCCAUCUGAAAAUGCCCACUGCUGUCAUAAGAAAUGAUUGGUUCCAAAACGAUGACCUGUACGUGUAUUCAGCAACGUAUGAUCGGCGACGUAGUUCACUUUAUCCGAACAAUCAUGUUAUACAAAUAUUGACUAUGUCAUUCCGGUCCAUUCCACCAGCAGACAAAAUAUUCUGUAAUCUGUAUGAUAUGGUUCGAGAAAAAUAUAUUGUUAUUGAGGGGACGAUUCGUGAAAUUUGGCAACGAGCUUGGGAUCCACGAGAUUUUUUUUACAUUCCGAAUUUGAUUAGUUGCCCUGUGCCAAAAUAUUUCGAACAUAGCACAAAUCUGACGAUUUCACUGAGUAAAACACCAUGUAAAAGUCAGGAAAUUUCAUCGCGAGUACGAAUGCUAUCGCCAAGAAAGGAAAAAAGAGGAAUUGCUGUUUGCGUGAAGGGGCUAGAUUAUAUUGAAGAUAUGCCAGAACGUUUGGUUGAAUGGAUCGAGAUGCAGUUUAUCACUGGUGCUGAUAUGAUCACAAUAUAUACUUACUAUGUGCCACGUAAAAUGCAGCAAGUCCUAAAUUACUACAUCAAGCAAGGAUCUGUCAUUGUGAUACCAAUUAAUCUUCCCGGGAAGUCUCCAAAUCAGGCAUACGUCAGAAGUCAUUUCAUUUGGCGAAAUAGGCAACAGAAACGUCGUCACGAGUUAAUUCCAUAUAAUGAUUGUCUGUACAGGCACAUCGACACUCACAAGUUUGUUCUGAUGUUGGAUAUCGAUGAAGUCGUCGUGCCAUUGAAGCAUGAUAACUGGAGUGCUUUGUUGAAUAAUAUCAUUACUACCUUUUACGACAAAAAUUCAAAAAUGACUGAAGUCACCUCAAUUUCUAUUCGAAAUGUAUUCAAAUUUCCAUCUGAUAUCAACUUGCGGAAUCCGAUUGUUCCAUCUUACAUGUACAUGCUACGGAAUAGACGUAAAUCAGAAACACUGAGCAAACCGGGCGAAUAUGGAAAAGCUUUCAUGAACACGAACACGGUUGCUACUGUAUUCAAUCAUUUUGCAUUACAUCGACAGCGUGCUGAUGUAGCCCAGACGUUACACGCUGAACCAGACGUCGCCAUUAAAUUGCACUAUAAGGCAAAAUGUCCGAUCGAAUCAGGAAAACAAUGUGAAGAAUUAGAAUAUAUCACUACAGAUGAUACAACAAUGGAUCGAUAUGCUGAACAACUAACUCGACAGGUUACCAAAAUUCUUAAUCAUUUACAUAUUAUUGAAUAA